AUGGAUAUUCCUUUAGAGGACUCUAAUACCUCAGAAGAAUCAAACACAGAAGGAGUCGCCACAAAACGAUCGAAAAACACCGGAAGUCAGUCAGGGAAAAAGAAAAGAGACAAAUCGAAAAGAGCGGUGUCUUGGCGUCAUUCUAGCCGUUCUAGAAGACUAAUAGCCAACGCUAGAGAACGAUCAAGAAUACAUAUUAUGAGUGAGGCGUUUGACUGUUUAAGAAGAGCUGUACCAUGUUAUUCCCAUGAUCAGAAACUUUCAAAGCUAGCGAUCUUGAGACUGGCGACAAGUUAUAUCUCAGCGUUAGCGCACCUAAAUCACUUGUACGAAAGUGAAUCGGACAGUUCACUUAAACUUUUCGCGGACUGCGUUGAUGAAUGUACUAGAGCUUUACAGACAGAGGGAAGAACUAAAAGAAAGGAGUGA